AUGGACACCCACGGUCGCAAAAGAGUACUCGAGGGGUACGACAAUAUUAGUUUGGACGGACUUCAAGAGGAAAUGGGCCAUUUUCUUGGCCGUGAAUGUCAAUUCAUAAUGGACACCCGCGAAAGGCCCUUCGGAGGCAGCGAAUGUGUUAUUGUCGUUCUUGAAGAUAAGGAAGGCUCGAAAUGGGCCGUUCGCUUCCCAUUACAAUUUCGAGCGUUUCGAGAGCACGUCGUGUUGACGAUAAAAAGGGAGGCAGAGCUACGUUUGGCUAUUGAGAAGGCUAAGAUUCCAGGUUACGCUAAUCAUUGA